AUGGCUCGUCCUAAAUUAACUUUCAAACAGCAGAUGGAUGGGUUUCCCUGGACCCAAUUGAUUGUUGUAUCAUUGGUAAGAUUCAGUGAACCCAUCGCAUUCACAUCUUUAUUUCCCUACGUAUAUUUCAUGGUUAAGGAUUUCCAUAUAGCACCAAACGAUGCACAAGUUUCCAAAUAUUCAGGUUACUUGUCGUCCUGUUUUGCUCUAUGUCAAGUAAUUUCAUCCUAUCAUUGGGGGAAAUUCUCAGAGACUCAUGGAAGGAAACCAACUUUACAAUUGGGUAUCAUAGGUACCUCCAUAUCAUUAUUAAUUCUGGGAUUUUCACAUAAUUUUUAUCAGGCUUUAUUGGCCAGAUCAAUGAUGGGUUUGCUUAAUGGUAACGUUGGUGUCAUUAGAACCAUGAUUGGGGAGAUCGCCCAAGAAAGAAGACAUCAAGCAUUAGCAUUUAGUACUAUGCCACUACUUUUCCAAUUUGGAUCGGUAGUGGGACCCAUGGUUGGUGGGUUUCUCGUGUUUAGGAGGGGAGGUGUGGAAAUUGUUCCAGAAUGGUUGCCUAGAAUAUUGCAAAAGAUGGUGGCAGCCUUCCCCUAUAGUUUACCAAAUGUUGUCGUUUGUUGUCUCUUAACAGGUGGACUCAUUAAUGCAACGUUGUUCCUAGAAGAAACACAUCCAACUUUGAAGAAUAGAAGAGAUUACGGUUUGGAACUCGGUGACUUCAUUAAGAGCUACUUGUUCGGAAGGGAAAUUAAGAAAAGACCUUGGAGACAAUAUGUCAUUGGCUCAUCUGGCAACGAUGAUUCCAAUAGGGAGGACGAGAGUAUUGAUAUUGAACAAAAUAAUGCCGAACCAACAGAAACUACACCAUUUUUAUUGGAAAAUUCAGAUAAUGAGAGUAGUGAAGCUGAUAGUGUUCAAUCCAUCGAGCAUAUCUUGACAAGAAGACAAUCAGUCGGGUUAAUUAGAACGUACUCAAUACAUGAGCCAACAGACUUACCAGUGACAAGUACGGAACUGGCACCAGAUGGUUGUUCAGAGAACAGUAUCAGACAUCAUAUUUUCCAUACAAAGGUUUUUUAUCCAAUAUCUGUUAAUUUCAUCAUGGCAUUACAUUUAAUUGUUUACAAUGAAUUCUUGCCCGUCUUUUUGGCUUACGACUUGGAAAAGGACCCACAAGAUCCAACAAAAUUGGCUUCCAAAUUCCCAUGGAAAAUCAGUGGUGGGAUUGGAUAUGAACCAGAACAAACAGGCACUUUGCUUUCCACUACUGGUAUAUUUGGUUGUUUCGUUGUCAUCUUCAUUUUCCCCAUUGUGGACCGUAAUUUUGAUUGUUUGAGUAUCUUUAGGACAUUAGUGAAAUUAUAUCCAAUAAUGUAUAUUAUGGUUCCCUACGUUGUCUUUUUGCAAAAGGACUCAGUACCACGUUGGUGUACUGUACUUUAUUUGUAUAUGAUCACAGGUACUAAGACACUAUGUGGCGCCCUAUCAUCACCACAAAUUAUGUUGUUGAUUCAUAAUUCAAGUCCUUUACAUUGCAGAGCUGUCAUCAAUGGUGCUACCAUUAGUAUUCAAGCAUCUGCCAGAUUUUUGGGUCCUCUCUUUUGGGGUUAUAUCAUGUCAUGGGCACAAGAAAAUGACGUCGCUUGGGUUAGUUGGUGGACUUUAGGGUUUAUAUGUUUGAUCGCAUUAUACCAAAGUUACAAAAUUAGUCCAAUUGAUGAAGAUGAUACUACUGGACUUGAAUCGGAACCAGGAACCACAUCUGAGGAAUGUACACAUAGACCAUUAUUACACAGGUCUAGUUUGAGCAGUUUAAGUAAUAAGCGUCCUUAA